AUGGAUGUGGGUUCACAGUCGAAUGUUGCGGAUCCGGGGCUAUUUGAUACGCCACGGCCGUCCCCAUCUUCAAAGAUUAACGCUCCAACUGGAGGUCAUCUAUCUGCUCGUCGUGUGUAUCGCCCUGUUCCGGAAGAAAGACGACGGUCGAAUGAGUACCGGGUGUGUCGUGAAAGAAAUAACAAAGCUGUACAACGUUGUCGUGCUAACAACAAAGUAAAACAGCGAUGUCUAGCCAUCAAGUCUAAAGGGUAUCGCAACCUAGCUCAGGAAUAUGCAAAUGCUGCUCGUAAACUGGAGGCAGAACGCAUGCAUCUAGAACAAUUAUUUCGUAUUCGUAUGACUACUGGUCAAGGCACUAGCCAGCUGCAGGCGCUGUUAAUGGCAGAGGACAUUUCGCGCUUGGAUUUUGAGGAGAAGGUGGAGACAAUUCGUCGCGAAUUCACAGAUCAGGUGCAGGCAGUAACUGAUGGUUUCCUGGUCGACGCCUCAGCUGCCGCCAGUUGUUCUUCUGCGUCCCCUCGAUCGACAUUCUCCAGCCAAUCUUCUCUAAAAGAAUCAGAAUCCCAAAGCACACUUCUUUCGUCGCCCUUAUCGUCACAAUUUUGGUAG